ACACAAACUAUUCACAUCACAUCUAUCAAUCUUUCACCGGUUCCAGACACAUCCAUAAAAAUUGAGCAUACCCACGUUUGUAACAUGUGUAUUAGAGUAUCUCCAUUUGUCUAUAUACUUAAAGGAAUGCUUUCGUGUUGCAUUUCGUGAGACUCAUGAGAAGCAUAAAAGAAAGGGUGAGAGAGAGAGAAAGAGAGGGAGAAGUUAUGGCACAUUUUUUCAUUGGUCUUCUUGUGGUUAUUUUGUCGAUUGGAAAUGUUAUUGAAGAAGCAAAUGGUGAAAUAUCUCAAACAGUUUUGAGCCAAAUAGAGAGGAUGAAUAAGAGAGGUCCUUAUUUAGGGAUUUUAGCUCCAAACAACUUUGAGCUUAAUCCUCUUCUCGCUUCGAAAGCUUAUGUUCCAUAUCCACCUUUACCCUUUAUCGAUUUCGCAGGUAAAAGAUUUCGAUUUGGAAAAAUAUUAAAGGAAGGGGUAGUAAUCGUGAUGACAGGGUUGGGAAUGGUAAAUGCAGGAGUAGCAACACAAUUACUAGUGAGCCUGUUUAGGUUGAAAGGAGUGUUGCACUAUGGAAUUGCUGGAAACGCAGAUGUUAACCUUCAGAUUGGCGAUGUCACUAUUCCUAAUUUUUGGGCUCACUCUGGUCUUUGGAAUUGGCAGAGGUAUGGAGAUGGGAUUGACAAAGAAUUGGCUUUGGAAGCCGCCGGAGACUAUACUCGGGAUAUUGGUUAUCUCCAGUUUUCCAACUACAAUAACGGAUCCGACAACUUGCUCAAUAGAGUUUGGUACCAACCGGAGGAAAUAUUUCCGGUCACCGGAACUCCCGAAGUCCGGGAACACGUCUUCUGGAUCCCUGUUGACAAGUCCUACUUUGAUCUUGCACGCCAACUCGAGGACACGGAACUACCACAAUGCGUGAACACCACGUGCCUCCCUCGACCACCGAAGGUAACCAUCGUUGACCGUGGGGUUAGUGCAAGCGUCUUCGUCGCCAACGCAGCUUACCGGACUUUCCUCCGCUCCAAAUUCAACGUCACCGCCAUCGACAUGGAAAGCGCCGCCGUAGCUCUCAUCUGCCAUCAGCAAAGCCUUCCUUACAUCGUCAUUCGUGCCCUCUCCGGAAGCGGCUCUGACUUAUUCGGCCGCCUCGCCGUUCAAAACUCCAUCGAUGUUCUCGUGAAGUUCGUUGGUUUGUUACCUCGACACGGAAGCAAGAUUCAAUCGGAAUAA